AUGAUGAAGUUUAUCAUCCAUGUUUAUUUUGAAAAUAGCAAAAAUUCAAAACGAAUUUUUGGUGAUUUGCGACUGCAAUUUAUCAAACCUUAUCAAUUAUGCAUUAUAAUAGAAUUGGAUGUUCGAUUAUAUUAUUUGAUAUUGUUUGAUUACAAAAUUCAUCCAUCAGCCAUUGCUUAUCAGUCUUAUAUCAGUAGUAUCGAUAUUUAA